AUGAUGGAUGCUUAUUUACACGGGUCACUGAGACCGAAUCUAAUUCGUCUAGCAAACAUAAUAUGGGGUGAGGCAGGUGAGAAUGAUGAUCAUAUUGUGCCUUAUCCUGAGGCAAGUGAUGAUUAUUGCAACAAGAAGGAAUGGGGUCAAGAAUCUCAUACCAACAAGCCUACUGAACAGAAGACCCCUGUGGCCAAAAUUGACUUGCAUAGCAGUUCCAACUUUGACACCAUUGAAGGAAUUUCAACCUCUGAAUUUGGAACAGACUCGUGGCCUGAUUUAUCUUUAUCUGAUGUUGCCAAAACUGAACAGCAUUGCAUAGCUGAGACAAUUCAACUUGAUAAAGAUGGUGAAAAUUUUCAAAAUUCCAAUGAAGCUAAAGAACAAGGUGAUCUUGUUGACUUUGGGUGGGCUAACAUUGGAAGUUUUGAUGAUCUUGAUCAGAUUUUCAGCAAUGAUGACUCCAUCUUUGGCCAUGCAAGUCUUGGUAACACUGACGAGCUAUGGUCUUCUUCUAGAGAUGCAACUACAAGUCCAAUCAAAGCCUUUCCUGUAUCUUCAGACUCACCAAGUUUCACAUCAGGAGCACUAAGCAAUGCAUCUGAGAAAUUGGAAAUUAAAACAGAAUAUGCCCAGAAAGAUGACGAGUCAAUCACCCCUGGCUAUGGAAAGACGAAUUAUUCUGCAUCUCAUGGUCUGCAGAAUGCACAUGUGAUUCUUGAUCAUGUGGAAUAUGCUGGAGGUAAAAGUAAGCCCAUGGCAAAGGAACAGACAGAUUUGGACAUGGGAAAAAGCACUCUGACAAAUUCUUACUUGAUUGCUGAGAAUUCUUCUACCCCAAAUGAAAUAGCUAAUAAGGGUUCUAGACACAGAAAAAUUAUGAGGGGUCGCAGAAAGUUGGAGGAGAAAAGUGAGGAGAAAUCAUUGCAAGAUUUUUAUGGCACAUGGCCUUCAUCAAGAACCCCUUCCGGACAUUCUGAGAACCAAUUGGCACACUUCAUGCUACAAUCUUCUCCUUCUUCAGAGCUCAGCCAGAAGAGACAGCUUCAAGGACCUGAGUCUUUUCCAUAUCAACUUAUCUCAAACCAAUAUGUGGCCCAGUCUAUGUAUGGGAACCUCACUAAUCCAAACCAUGCUACAUAUGUGCCGUCUCACAUUCAGCCUGGGGAGUUGAAGCAUCAACAUUCUUUUUCUAGUUAUGAAGUUUCUCCUGGGAGUGAAAGGGCUAUAAACAAGUCAGCAGAUACUUCUGUGAAGCCUCUGACCAUGACUCCUCAAGAAAAAAUUGAAAAGUUAAGGAGGCGGCAGCAACUACAGGCAAUGCUUGCCAUUCAGAAACAACAGCAACAAUUUAGUCAUCAAAUCUGUAGUACCACUCAAAAAUGUCCUCAAGAAAAUAAAAUUCAGCAUUUUGAGAAAGCUGAUCUGGAAGUUGAAGGCUUUAGCACUCUUCCUUCUCAGGACCCAAACUCAUCCGCAGAACGAGAUGAUUCCAGUAUGGUUUCUGCAGCAGUUGAUGAUUACUCAACGGAGGAUACAAUACUUUACAGGCUUCAAGAUAUUAUAUCAAAGUUGGACAUCAAAAUAAGAUUUUGCAUACGGGAUAGCUUGUUCCGGUUGGCUGAAAGUGCAAUGAAAAGGCAUUAUGCUAUUGAUACUAGCAGUUCAAACAAAACUAGCAAGGAUGAGGAUGAAGUCGUUGCAAAGGAGGACACCAAUAGUCAUAACAGGCAUGGUAGGAUGCUAGAUGUCGAAACAGAGACCAAUCCCAUAGAUCGAAUCGUGGCCCAUUUGCUCUUCCAUAGGCAUUUGGAUUUAUCAGAGAAACAUACUGACGCACCUGAAUCACCUGUUUCUUCUAAGUUGACAUGUGAACACAAAGCAGGUUUAGUGAAUGUGUCAAAUGAAUGCUUGCCAGACAGUUUGAAGAACAAACAAUGUUUUCCUCGUCAAGGAUCUACAAAUUAUUGCCCAUUGGGUGAGCCCCAUUCUUCGGACCUGUUUAAAAAAAGUCCUUUGAUGGACAACUCAGAAAACGCAUCUAACAAUGGUCCAACACAUGGUGGAGCUAUGAAGGCUGAAGCCUCUCUUAAAUGGCUGUACGGAUUCACUGGUAAUGUGGAGAUUUUCUUUCAUUGUCAGCCAACCACGAUCUUCAUCAAGUGUGGUCAUGGAGCAUCCGGCAACACUAUUGAUGGGGAGUAUCCUAUAAAUGAAUGCGCUUCAUAA